CUGUCUCCCAGUCCGGUCUCGCCGCCCCCACGCUCUCUCACGCUCCCUCGAGCUCGUACGCGAUAAGCUGUGCAGAUAAAGCUAUCGAUAAGGGAGGGAUAACGGUUAUCGUAAUUUUUUCGAGAGGUCGGGAGAGAAGCAGUGUUCUUUAAGCAUAGACAUUAGAUGAAAGGGGAUUUAUAGGUAUUCAUAACGCUGAUUUUUAAGCGUGAACGAAAAGUGGGAAAAGAAAAUAUUCGUCGUUACGGUCGAUCGAUGAGUGAGUAAUAGUGCUGUGUCGUAUCCCCUUCGUUCGUGUUCGUUCGUUCGUGUGAAAAAAAGCAUAAGAACAUCACAUAAAGAAGUUUUAAAGUGUGAUCCUAACCAUGAUCAAAUUACCCGACUCCCUAACUUGAUAACAACUCAACUUUACGCUACACACUUAUAAUAGUAUAAGUAUUCAACACGUGUGAAAAGUGUCAUCCGAGGAAUAAAACAAGUGAGGAACAAGACAUAUAAAAGAGCAACAGCAAUGGAAUCCUACAGUUCAGCCGCAGUUGUCUAUCGAAGCUGUUCAUUCUGAUUGGCAAAGUGCUUGAGGAUGAGGACCGUGCAUGUGCUUGCGUUGUCAGCACUGUUGACCUCGGCUUCGGGUCAGCUGGGAGAUCGACCUCUGACCUCGGGGGACAGUAGGUCACACGGGGACACCCCUCGCGUUGGCUAUGAAGAGGAAGACCUCGGCGCGGGGGUCAAGUCGUGGCGGAUGGAGGUCGACGUCUUCCGAGUGUGGAGGCCGAGGUACUGGCUCGCCCUCGACGACACGUUCCUGGGCUGCCUGGCGCACAACCGGAUCUACAACGGCACCAUCUUGCGUGUCAACCUGACCGAGAUAAGCAAGCUACACAACGGUCAGGAUCGGACUCAAGCGUGCUAUCAGCUGUGCAAAAACAAGAUGGCGUUCGCGGGUUUCAUUGCGGUUAGUUUCGGCGUCGGCGGGCUGAUGGACCGCUGCGGUUGCCACUACGAGUAUGAUCUGGAUUUUAUGUUUGAGGAGGACGACGGGGACCUGUGACGGCACAGCAUGUCCCACUCUCGCGGAUCUACUGAACAAUGUCUUCAGUCGAGCGGAGGCCUCGGAGGGGAACACCCACGUGGCUCCUCUCCCUCGCUCUUUUGAUAUCAGGCGCCCACUUUUUCGGCUUUUCCAGAUGAUGGUAGACUGUACGCCCGUGUUGGCUUUGGGGAUGGGCGAGGGUUCAGCGCAGGAAUUUAGGGGUAUCUUUGAUAUACAGAUACCCAUUUAAGAAUAUGCAUAUACGUAUAUACAUACAUACA